AUGAAAAUUUCCACCAUCUGUGUCGCUGCUUUAGCCGCUUUAGCCCAAGCCUCUCCAGUUAAGCAUUCAAUCAAAGAUGUUAAAUUAACUGUCGAAUCAGAUAACACUGAAAUCAACGGAAAAGGAUUAUCAAGUCUUCACGAAGGAGCUGGGUUGAAUUACUUCUUCUUGGGUGAAGGUUCCCAAGAUUUGAAAUACAAUUCUUCUGAUAAGCAAUUGUAUUUUGAUGUUAGUGAUGAUAUCAAAUUCUCUUUCUCAGUAUCCGGCAACUUUGCUACUAUUGGUGUUCUCGAGCCUUAUAAGGUCGAGUUUGAACACAACUACUUGAAGGUGAAUGGUACAACUGAUGGCUUCUUUGCAUGUAAGAAUGUCAACGACCCUUACAGAUACUCUGAAAAUUCAUACGCAUUGAUGAAUUAUCUUGGCCAAACUGCUCCAGAAGGAUGUAUUCUGUUGAAGGUUAAAAACUCUGCUUAA